AGUUCGAUGUGAUCAUGGAGCAAAAAUGAGUUAAAUAGCUAAACGCGAUAAGGAAUACGAACUCUACAGACGUACGUUUUUAGAAUUUUCGUAUCUUGUUUAGUUUCGGAAAUACAGAAUCGUAUAACGUCCCAUCUGACAUUAACUCCGCAUUAAAACGCACGAAGUGAUCAACUAACCGCGCGCGGGGAGCAGGGGCGGCGCGGGCGCCCCGUCCGCUCGUCAGUCCGGCCGCUCUUCGUUGGAGUGAUGGCGUAUUUGUGUCAAUGCGCUCAGAUUUUUUUUGGUUUGAUGAACAAAAUAAUGUAUUAAAUGUUUUGCAUGUAAAAACAUAUUUUAAAGAUGUCACGUUCACAGAAAAUGUUAGAUAUGCUUAAAAGAGCUGAUGCAGAAAGAAAAUUUUCAAACGUUCCUGCUGAUUAUAUGAAAAAAAGUGUAAAUGCUGCUGUGAAUGUUGAUGACAAUGAUAUGACACAACAAACCUCACCUUUGCCUCCUGGUGCAGAAGAAAUCAGUCGUGAACUAGCUGAUAUAUGGGAAGAAGUUCUGUAUGAAGAUGGUGGGACCAAAGAAAUUACCUGUGAUAGCUCAAUACCAAAUGUCAUGUCUGAUCCGUAUGCCAAAGAUAUUUACAGCAAUCAACCUAGCACAUUUUCUUUGGAAGUGCCUUCUAGUUUCGAGAAUUCGCCAAUUAUUCAGCUUGAAGAGCUGUUAGAAGUUCCUCACCAUAGAUCUACCCCGGUUAAUUUGGAACUGUCAGUGCCAACUCCUAUGCCAUCUCCUAUUAAUGCCCAUUCGAUCUGCGAUAGCUCAUUCUGCCCUAAUCAUGCAGACAUAUUCGCUGUGAUUUCUUCGUCGUCAUUUAGCACCACAAAUUCACCUGCUACGUCGCACUCAAGCGAUCCCACCAUGACUCUUAAAACGACUAGAAAACGACAGAGGCGCCCAAAAGAAUGGGCAGACCUUAAACGCAAAUGCCUUAAGAACUUAGGUAAGAAAUAUGUAACGAAAAAGGGAAUAGCGGUAGACGAAAAAACGAUGGGGUCAUCAUGCAAAUGCCGUUACAAAUGCCCCGAUAAAAUAUCUCACCAACAGCGGUUGAACUGCUUCACAAAAUUUUGGCAACUGGGAGAUCGAGCUAUGCAGUGGAAUUUCAUCAUCAAAUAUUCCGAUAAAAUGAAGAAGAAAAGAUGCCUGAAUCAAGACACUCCUAAUAAUAGAAAACAUACUUUUAAGUAUUAUCUGCCGCUGAUCACAGGUUCUAGCGAAUCUCACUGCGAGAAAACUGAAGUAUGCCAAACUAUGUUCAUUAAUACUCUUGCCGUUUCAACUCGUAUCUUAAAGACUGCAUGGAAGAAGUACGAUGGAAGUGCUAUUUUAGAAGAGGACAGACGGGGUCGCCACGACAGUCAUAAGAUCGUUAUAGAUGACGCUAUGAAACUAAGUGUUUGUGACCAUGUUCGGGCAUUUGCCCCUGUUGAAUCACAUUAUAUACGCAAGAAUAGCCAGAAGCUUUACCUACAAGGAGAUUUAAGUAUUGCCAAAAUGUUCAAAUUAUACCUUGAAUGGUUCGACCCCGAUAAAUACACGUCUAAGGCUACAAAGGAACGUCAGUAUCGUGACAUUGUCAACUUAAACUUCAAUCUAGCUUUUCAUACUCCCAAAAAAGAUCAGUGCGACGAAUGCCACGUUUUCCGAUUGAAAAAGAAUCCAACGGACCAAGAAAAAGAAACUUUUCAAGAACACCAGACUAAUAAGAAGGUCGCAAGGAACUUAAAAAGCCAAGAUAAGAAAUACGCUGAGGAGUCAAAUGGAAACAUGGUUACUGCUGUGUUUGAUUUUGAAAAAGUGUUGCAGUGUCCUCAUGGCAAUAUAAACAUAUUUUACUAUAAGAGAAAGCUGUCUUCUUUUAAUUUCACAGUUUUUGACAUGGGUAAAAGGAAGGCCGUUUGCUAUAUGUGGGAUGAAUCUGUGGCAAAACGUGGCGCAAAUGAAGUCAGCAGUUGCCUCUUAGAUUUUAUCCAGACUAAUGUUGACCAAGGGGUCAAAGAGUUUCGAUUUUGGUCAGACAACUGUGCUGGCCAAAAUCGUAACCGCUUUGUAUUUUCAAUGUACGUUUACGCAGCAAAAAAGUUCAACAUAUGCAUAACACACCGCUUCUUACAGAAAGGACACACCCAAAAUGAGGGGGACAGUGUCCACUCUGUCAUCGAGAGAGCUUCUCGAACCAAAACUAUAUAUGCCCCUCAUGAAUGGCGUUUAUUAGUAAGAUGGGCUAAGAAUGAAGGAGAACCCUAUGUUGUUCGCAACAUAACCCAGAAUGACGUAUUUGACUUUAAAUGUCUUGUUAUUAAUAAGGUUUGGAUGAAAGACAUUAAGGGCAAGAAAAUUAACUGGAGUAAAAUUCGAGAGGUUCAUGCAGACGGUAGUGAUACCAACAAACUGUUUUUUAAAUACGACCUGACUCAACAAGAUUAUAGUAUUUUAGUGAUUCGCAGUAACACGAGGAACUCAAUACAAACUCAACUAAAACCUGCAUAUUCUGAACCUAUUAUGGUUCCAGCUGCUAAAUAUAAAGAUUUGAUGGAUAUGUGCCGCUCGGAAGUUAUUCCCUCAGAAUAUCAUCCUUACUUUUACUCCUUGCCACAUCACACCACUAUUGAUGUUUCUGAAGAAUCGGAAGAAAAUUUAUCGGAGUAAGAAACAUUUUAGAUAUUUAUUUUUUAACCGACUUCAAAAAAGAGGA